CCGGAUCAUUGAACUGUUCAACUAACCAACCUUCAUUCCUUCCUUACAUUAGAGUGCAUCCACCGGCUUCAUUCACGUUUCUCCGUAUUCAACAUCGUCGCUGGCAUUUUCCUGAGAAUGGCAAUCGUUCAUAGUGUACGGCUGUUAGCCAUCGGCUCUCUCCUCACAUCCUCCUUCGCAAAGCCCAUCGAGCCGCGCUUGGGGAAUGGCGGCGACGACGACACACCGCUGCCUCUAGUGAUUUGGCAUGGCCUCGGCGACACAUACCAAGCCGAUGGAAUGCAUCAGGUUGGCGAGCUGGCCGAAAAGAUCAACCCCGGAACAUUCGUCUACCCGAUUCGCAUGGAUGAGGACGCCGCGCGAGAUCGGUACUCCUCCUUCGUGGGCAACCUGACCGAGCACGUCGCCAAAGCCUGUGCCGACAUCGCCGCACACCCGAUCCUCUCCACAGCCCCCGCCAUCGACGCACUGGGCUUCUCCCAGGGCGGCCAGUUCCUGCGCGCCUACGUCGAGCGCUGCAACAAACCCCCCGUGCGCAGCCUCAUCACUUUUGGUUCGCAGCAUAACGGCAUCAGCGCCUUCCGCGACUGCGCACCGACCGACUGGAUCUGCCGGAUGGCGAUGGCAGUGCUCAAGGCGGACGCGUGGAGCUCGAUGGUGCAAAGCAGACUGGUGCCUGCGCAGUACUACCGCAACCCGGACGAGUACGAGCAGUACCUGGAGCACUCCAAUUUCCUGGCGGACAUCAAUAACGAAAGAGAGGAGAAGAACGAGCAGUACAAGAAGAAUAUGGUAAAACUGGAGAACUUCGUCAUGUACAUGUUUGAGGACGAUACGACUGUCAUCCCCAAAGAGACUGCUUGGUUCGGCGAGGUCAACGGCACCGAGAGCACGCCGUUGCGCGCCCGCAAGAUGUACUCGGAGGAUUGGAUCGGCCUCCGCGAACUGGACCGCAAGGGCGGGCUCAAGUUCCGUAAGGCGCCGGGCGAUCACAUGCAGUUGUCGGAAGAGCUGUUGACGGAGGCAUUUGGGGACUUCUAUGGCCCUCUCAAUCUGCGUCCCGGAAGGUCAGAGCCGAGGCCAGGCCCCGGAGGUGAUGACGAUCUCUGAGGGAUUGGACUGUGCGAUGCCUCUGUUUCCUUUAUACUUUCUAUUUCCUUGUUUUUCUCCAUUGCGCAUUUCUGUCAUAAGGGUCUGGGUUCUGGGUACGGUAACGACUACCUGGGUAAUCAUUUUGCGGCAGGGUUAGGGGGGAUCAAGGGAGUCUAUGGGAUAUUAUCUGUCAACUGGGUGGAUAUGACUGUCUCCCACUGACUGGGCGAAGGGAGACUCAGGAAUGGGAUAACACGGCCUCGAGUUUGUUGGACAAGCUCAGCACAUGGGACGACGAGGUU